AAUUUUCUGAUAUUCUCCCAAAUAGAGAGCAGUUUUAUUUGCUCUGUUUUGUAUCAUAUCAUAUCUCAUCAUGAGUCAAAGAGAUUUGUCAGUAGAAGUUGAGGACAAUCGUCAUCCCUUAUGUAUCACCUGUGGCCAAUCACACUUACCAGAAGAGAACCACCUGUACAGCUACACGGAAGAAAUGGAUGAUGAUCUAAUAUGCCACAUCUGCCUGCAAGCUUUGAUCCAGCCACUGGACACUCCCUGUGGUCAUACCUACUGCACAGUCUGCCUUACAAACUUUCUAGUGGAAAAAGACUUCUGCCCUGUGGAUCGCAAAAUGGUGAUUCUACAGUCUUGCAGAAAGUCCAGCAUACUAGUAAACAAACUCCUGGAUAAGCUAAUGGUUAGCUGCCCCUUCACAGACCACUGCUCAGAGGUUUUGCAACGUUGUGACCUUGAACAGCAUUUCCAAACUAGAUGUAAAGGAGCAUCCCAUUAUGGCCUUACCAAGGAACGAAAGAGACGUUCACAAGAUGACUCUCCGGAUUGUAGUGCCACUUUAACUGUAGCAGCUCUUGGCCCAGAGCUCUCUGCAGCUGCAGCAAUAGCCUUAAUGACAGAUGAACCAGGCCUAGUUAACCCAGCCUUCAGCUCUGCUUCAGAAGACAGCCAGUCAGGAAGCAGUUCUGGGGAUCCCAGUAGAAGUAACCGAAACAGAAGUCGGCCCUUUGAACGUUCCACUAUAAGAAGCAGAUCUUUUAAAAAAAUCAACCGUGCUUUCAGUGUCCUUCGAAGGACAAAAAGUGGCAGUGCUGUAUCCAGCCAGGCUAACCGGGAAAGGGAGAGUGUUGAAAACUGUUUUGUCUCUGAGGAAGUCCUCCCCAGAUUAUAUCACCUGAUUCCAGAUGGAGAAAUUACGAGUAUUAAGAUCCAUCGUACUAAUCCCAAAGAAAGUCUUGCCAUUAGAGUUGUGGGAGGUAGCGAGACGCCUUUGGGUCACAUCAUUAUACAACAUAUCUAUCGAGAUGGAGUGAUUGCCAGAGAUGGAAGAUUACUGCCAGGAGACAUGAUACUAAAGGUGAAUGGCAUGGACAUCAAUAAUGUUCCUCACAACUAUGCCCUGUCAGUUCUGAAGCAGCCGUGUCAGGUACUCCGACUGACUGUACUCAGAGAGCAGAGGUACCGAUCCCGAAACAACGGACUUUCUCCUGAUGCUCACUACAGCAGGGAUGACAGUUUUCACGUGGUUCUAAACAAAGGUAGCCCAGAUGAGUAUCUGGGAAUAAAACUGGUCCGCAAGGCAGAUGAACCUGGGGUAUUUAUUUUCAACUUGCUGGAAGGAGGUGUGGCUGCCCGCGGUGGACAGCUUCAAGAAAAUGACCGAGUGUUAGCUAUUAAUGGGCAUGAUCUUCGGUACGGCAGUCCAGAAAAUGCAGCCCAGCUGAUACAGGCCAGUGAGAAGCGGGUUCACUUUAUUGUGUCACGGCAGGCCAGACGGCAGACCCCUGACAUCUUACAGGAGGCUGGGUGGAAUUACAGCAGCAGCCAUCAGCAGUGCCCAUCGGAAAGAAACUAUUCUAACAAGAACUCCCUCCAUUCUGUCACCUGUCAUGAGAAGGUGGUGGCUGUCCGAAAAGAUCACACAGAGUCACUGGGAAUGACGGUGGCAGGUGGAACGUGUCACAGGGAAUGGGAUUUACCCAUUUAUGUGAUAAGUGUUGAGCCUGGAGGAGUCAUCAGCAGAGAUGGCAGAAUGAAAACAGGUGAUAUUUUACUGAACGUGAAUGGAAUUGACCUGACUGGUGUCAGCCGUAGUGAGGCAGUAGCCCUUUUGAAAAACACCACCUCGUCUGUAGUACUCAAAGCCUUGGAAAUGAAAGAAUGUAAGGCCCAGGAGGACAUGAGCCAUGUAUCACUCCCUGACACCAAUCAGAAGACAUCUGAUAACAGUGAAUGGUCACCUUCCUGGGUUAUGUGGCUUGAGCUGCCACGGUAUUUGUACAGCUGCAAAGAAAUUGUAUUACGAAGAAAUACAGCAGGAAGUCUUGGGUUUAGCAUCGUGGGCGGUUAUGAAGAACACAAUGGGAACAAACCGUUUUUUAUCAAAUCCAUUGUUGGGGGGACACCAGCAUACAAUGAUGGAAGAAUUAGAUGCGGUGAUAUCCUCCUUGCUGUCAAUGGCAGGAAUACAUCGGGAAUGAUGCAUUCCUGUUUGGCAAGGAUGCUCAAAGAACUGAAAGGAAAAAUUACUCUCACUCUUGUGUCCUGGCCUGGCACUUAUUUAUAAAACAAGUAUUUAUGGGAAAAUGACAGAUCAUUUGAUACAGAAAACAAAUGGAGAUGAGUUUUCCUACACUUUUUUUGGUCAACUGUAUAUUUGUAAAAAAAAACUUUGUGAAAAUGUAAGUUUGUAUGUCAAGAUUGUUUUAAGAAAUAUGGCACCUGUCAGAAAACGUGCACUUCAGAAAGAAGCAAAUCUACUGAAAUUACAGAUCAGGGUACAAGUCUGAUUCAUUAUUAUGGUCAAAGUUAAACAUAAAAUAUAAAAAUACAAAGACCAUUAAGAAGCAGCAGUAAUUCUGUUCAUCACCACCUUCAAUUUAUAAAAAAAAAGUUAUAGAAAAAUACAAUGAUAAACUUGAAAUAUUUUUCUACUGACUGUUUCUAUUGGUCAGUAUGAUGCUGAUAUUUUCAAGACUUUCAAAUAUUUUGUCUCUUAGAAUGUAAUACUGUGAAUGAGAUUUUAUUUCAAAAAUUAUUAAAAAUAAAUGUAACUAUUAAAAAUGUAUUUUAUUUUAGAUUUCUUGAAGAAAACAAAUAUAAUUCGUCCCAAAAUUUGACUAACUGCAGAUAAUCUAGAAAGAUUAGGAUUUCAUAUUUAACUUUUUUAAAAUUCAUGGAUAAAUUAUUAAAUGUAUUUCCAGAUUGACUGCUGAUAUUUAACUUUUUUAAAAUUCAUGGAUAAAUUAUUAGAUGUAUUUCCAGAUUGACUGCUGAUUAUCUAUUUGGAUAGUGGUAGUACAUGUUUUACUAGACUCAAACCUUUUCUGAAGAUAAUAUGUUCAAAAGAGUGUCUUUUCCGCUCCCCUCAAACAAUUAUAGGUGCUCUUCAUUGAAAUUACUAAUAUUUUGAAGUCAGAGCUUUCCAUUAACUUUUUUUUAAAAGGUAUUCUGGACAGUUGUCUCUAGAAAAUAUGCCAAGUCCAACUUUAUUUUACAAGGGCCAGAGAAGCAGGACUAAAGGAUAACUACUUUUGGUUUCCAUUAAACUGGUUAUCCAAUCUUUAAUCAUUUUAACUAUUUAAGUCAUCCUCCUGCACUAAUUUGUAUAUUUUAAAAUGGUGUUAAACAUUUUAUAUGUAAUAUAAAUACUCUCCAAUCACAC